CCGGGUUCGGUUGUGACUAGGAAGGAGCUGGCCGAAGAGAGCCAGGAUAAGGGGGUUUUGCUAGAAGCUGGACUUCGGCCGGGGCAGGGAUUUCCCCGCGGUGACAGCAUCCGUGGCCUCCGGAGGACCAUGUCACUAGACUUUGGCAGUGUGGCACUGCAGACUCAAAACGAAGAUGAAGAAUACGACAAGGAAGAUUAUGAAAGGGAGAAAGAGUUGCAGCAGUUACUGACAGACCUGCCUCAUGAUAUGCUGGAUGACGACUUGUCCUCCCCCGAGUUCCACUAUUCGGACUGCAGCGAGGAUGACACAGAGGGAGGACCUCAUUGUUCUGAGCCAUUGGAGAUGAACUGGAAUGACCAUCAGGUGCUGCCUAAAUCUAAAAGUGUACAUGACUGUAAUGAGGUUCGGGAUAUAUAUCCUGGAGAGAAAAUUGGCAAUGGCUGGGAAGAGAAUCAAAGUAAGACCGAAGACCAGCAUCCUGGCUAUCAUCCUGAAGGAGGUGAAGAUGAAGGCAGAAGUGGUUAUAGUCCUCCGAGUAAAUAUGAGCAGACUGAUUUAUAUCGCCUUCCCGAAAACUUUAGGCCAUACACCAAAGGUCAGAAGCAGGAAUUUAAUAACCAACCAGCCAAUAUAAUUAAAUUUGCAGAUCCUCAAAGGAAUCAUUUUCAGCAAUUUGGUACAUCACAAGGCCCCAGUUGUCAAGCGAUGGAACCAUUUACAGUGACAUACAAACCAUAUCAGGCUCCUGCACAGAAUGAUGACUCACCAACCCAGGAGGCAGCAGGAGGUGACACAUUGGAAGGCCUGCAACAACAGUUUUUAGGGGCUAAUGAAAAUUCUACAGAAAAUAUGCAGAUUAUUCAACUGCAGGUUCUUAACAAAGCAAAAGAAAGACAACUAGACAAUUUAGUUGAAAAGUUAAAUGAAAGUGAGCAUCAAAUCAGAUAUCUGAACCACCAGCUUCUGAUAAUCAAAGAUGAAAAGGAUGGCUUGACCCUCAGCCUUCGAGAAUCACAGAAACUCUUUCAGAAUGGAAAAGAAAGAGAGAUACAACUUGAAGCACAAAUAAAAGCACUGGAGACUCAAAUACAAGCAUUAAAAGUUAACGAAGAACAGAUGGUUAGGAAGUCCAGAACCACGGAAAUGGCUUUGGAAAGCCUGAAGCAGCAGCUGCUGGAGCUGCACCGCUCUGAGUCCCUCCAGCGUGCCCGGGAGCAGCACGAGAGCGUUGUUACGGGCCUCACCAAGAAGUACGAAGAGCAGGUGUCGUCCCUGCAGGGGAAAUUGGACGCUACGGUGACUGCUCUCAAGGAACAGGAAGACAUUUGCUGUCAUUUGAAAGAUAAGGUGAAACAACUGGAAAGAAAUCAAGAAACAACCAAAUUAGAAAAGACUGAGAUCAUUAACAGAUUGACAAGAAGUCUAGAGGAGAGUCAAAAGCAGUGCGCCAGCUUGUUGCAAUCAGGCUCAGUACAGGAGGUGGCUCAGCUGCGGCUCCAGCUGCAGCAAGCACAAAAGGCUCAUGCUCUGAGUGAAAACAUGAACAAGGCUUUGCAGGAAGAAUUAACAGAACUAAAAGAUGAAAUUUCUCUCUAUGAAUCUGCCGCAAAACUAGGAAUAUUUCCAAGUGACUCAGAAGGAGAAUUAAAUACAGAACUCACUGAAUCAUACGUGGAUUUGGGUAUUAAAAAAGUCAACUGGAAAAAAUACAAAGUUCAGAGCACUGUUCAAGAAGGCCCAAAUGAAGAACUUUCCAAAGAUGAGAUGAUCCUGAAGCUGAAGGCAGAAGUGCAGCAAUUGCUGGCUAGCAACUCAGUGAAGCGUCACCUGGUGUCUCAGUUACAGAAUGAUCUCAAAGGCUGUCAUAAGAGACUUGAAGAUCUGCAGCAGGUGGAGAAGGAUGUAAAAAGCAUCGAGGUUGAGACUGAAACAGACACCUCAGAUAAACUAACUAAUCAGUUAUGGCCAGAUUCUUCCGCUUCUGAAAUGACUGUCAAAGAUGAUAUUCAGCGACUUAAAAAUGAAAUCCAGGUUUUACAACAACAAAAUCAGGCACUUAAAGAAACUGAAGAAAAACUGAGAAAUUCAAAUCAGGACUUAUGUAAUCAAAUGAGACAAAUGGUACAAGAUUUUGACCAUGAUAAACAAGAAACUGUUAAUAGGUGUGAGAGGACUUACCAGCAGCACCAUGAAGCUGUGAAAGCCCAAAUACGAGAGAGCCUGUUAGCAAAGCAUGCUUUGGAGAAGCAGCAGCUCUUUGAAGUUUAUGAGGCGACUCGCUUGCAACUGAGGGCUGAAUUAGAUAAGAUGAAUAAGGAAGUAGCUGCUGUGCAGGAGUGUUACUUGGAAGUGUGCAGGGAAAAGGAUAAUCUAGAAUCCACUUUCAAGAAGACCCUUGAAAAGGAGCAACAGGCUCAGGAGAAGAUGAAAGAAGAACUUACUCAACGGCUCGAAAAGGAGUGGCAGUCCAAGCUGGAUCAAACUAUAAAGGCAGUGAAAAAGAAGACCUCUGAUUGUUACAGCCAGACUGACCAAGUAACCACUGUUGAUGUUAUUUCCCAGAAAGAGAUGGCACUCACAGUAGACGAACAGCAACGAAAGAUCCAGCAAGAUUCAGAGCAAGAAAAGGAAACAGCUGUCAAGGGGGCCUUGAAGAAACUUGAGGUUGAGUUGGAACUCAAAUACUGUGAAAACAUUGCCAAACAGGUAGAAACAGCUGUGCAAAAUGCUCGUCAUCGGUGGCUGCAAGAACUGCCUGAGCUUGCAGAGUAUAAAGCCCGUGUAAGAGCAGAACAGAAGAGGUGGGAAGAGCAGCAAGAGAUCUCUGUGGCCAAGCGGAUAUUGUUUGCUGUUUCUGAAGCUAAAGAGAAAUGGAAAGGUGAGCUUGAAAAUAUGAAGAAAAAUGUAAUACCUGGAAAAGAAUUGGAAGAGAAGAUUCAUUCCCUUCAGAGAGAGCUAGUAUUAAAGGAUGAGGAAGUCCCUGUGAUUGUGAGGGCUGAGUUGGCUAAGGCCUGGAGUGAAUGGAACAAAGAAAAGGAGGAAGAAAUUCGCAAAAUUCAAGAACAAAAUGAGGAAGAUUACCGGCAAUUUUUAGAUGAUCAUCGAAAUAAAAUUAAUGAGGUGCUUGCAACUGCUAAAGAAGACUUUCUGAAACAAAAAACUGAACUCCUUCUUCAGAAGGAGACAGAAUUACAAACAUGUCUAGACCAGAGUCGCAGAGAGUGGACUAUGCAGGAGGCGGGGCGGAUCCAACUGGAAAUCGAUCAGUAUGAGGAAGACAUUCUAACUGUCCUUGAACUUCUCUUAGAGGAUAUACAAAAGGAGCAUAUCAGUGGUUCAGAGAACAAGCAACUUUCAGACCUUGUGUCGACUUGUUCUUCAAAAUGGGUGACUGUGCAGUAUUUUGAAAAACUAAAGGCCUGCCUUCAGAAAGCAUUUCAAGAUAUACUCUCCCUACUUAAAGAAAAUGCCAGCUCAGAAUGGGCAAAGAGCAACAUGGCCAAGGUCUGUCAGGACCCUGGCACGGGUGCUACUGGCAGAGGAGACCCUGGAGUCCUGGUUGCCCUUCCUGCACCCCAUUCUGGACACCAUGCUGAGACUGUGGCCUUGCAAGAAACAGAAGCAGAAGCUGAUAAGAAAGAGAUCCUUGAAAUUAAAGAUUCAUGCAGUGGACAAUGCUUCCAAGAACUUGGAAAGGCAAAGCAGGAAUGUCAAGCUCUCAAAGGAAAACUGGAGAAAUGCUGUAGGCAUCUUCAGCAUUUAGAAAGGAAGCACAAAGCUGUAGUGGAAAAAAUCGGAGAAGAGAAUAGUAAAGUGGUUGAAGAAUUAAUAGAAGAAAACAAUGACAUGAAGAGUAAAUUGGAAGAACUGAGAACACUUUGUAAAAUACCACCAAGGUCAUUGUCAGAAGGGGCCAUUGAAAAUGCUUCCCUGCCAUGCCAUCGGGGGGCCUUGGAAGAACUUCGUGGGCAGUACAUUAAAGCAGUAAAAAAAAUCAAGCGUGAUAUGCUUCGUUACAUUCGGGAGAGUAAGGAAAGGGCUGCGGAAAUGGUAAAAGCAGAGGUAUUGCGAGAACGUCAAGAAACCACCCGAAAGAUGCGCAAAUAUUAUUUGACUUGUCUCCAACAGAUCUUGCAGGAUAAUGGAAAACAGGAAGGAGCUGAGAAAAAGAUUAUGAAUGCUGCUAGCAAACUAGCUACAAUGGCAAAAUUGCUGGAAACGCCUAUUUCUAAUAGAUCCCAGGGCAAAACUCCAGAGUCAGUACUGCCUCUGACUUCAGAGAUAAUUGGUGUUGAAAAAUCAAAAAGGAAUGACAUGAAUCAGAAUGUACCGUGUCACACUGAAAGUGACUCAAACAAUAUGAAAACUAUGUGCAACCAAGUUCAUAAGAGGAGGGCUGCUUGUGACUUACGAAGGCGGUUGGAGGAGAUAGAACACAGGGACAUAAAGCUUGUGGGUCCCAAAGGGUCACAUUCAGACUUUCAGUUUGUGUAUAACAAUCACAAACAACCAGACAUUUUGCCAAGGGAUGUUUCUCCUGAGUUUGUUCCUUGUGAAGGUGAAAGAGGCUUUGGUUUGCACAAGAAGAAAGACCUCGUCAAUGAUGCCAGCUCUGGAUCACAUCUACAUUCAGCUGAAUACCCCUUUCUUGGAACGUUUGGAAAUAAAUCCUCACCUAGAAGUGGCCCUAGUCUUUCUGAAUCUGGAUCCACGCACAUAACUUGUCGAGGUCCUAAUGAAAGACUUGAUUUAAAAGUAUAUAAGUGUUUUCCAGUAAUGGGAAGUGAAAAUGCUGCAUCUGGGAAAAGUGAAUGUUUGGGUGUUGAGGAAGCUCCCGUAAAGGACGGAGGAGACUGCAGUGACUCCAUGGGCUGGCGUUUCAGCAGCACCCUUUUACCCUGCAGCAGUCACGGAGAGCCACGAGAAACAUUGGAUAUGCUAGCUGAGUCUGGUAAUUUCAAACAGUUUUUAACAGUGGGUUGUCUUUCAGAUAAAGAGAAAAACAAUAAGAAUUGUCGCAUUCCAGACUUGUCGGAAGAAACCAUGUAUUCCCAGCCAGGGAAGAUCCGUAUGAUGCUGAGACACCCACCUCAUCAUAAGGCUGAUUUCCAAACACUGAGCAGUACAGAGCCGUUUUCAGUGCAUCGGCAGCCUUCGAGCACACUGAUGGCUCCUCUAACUAGCCAACAGGAUAGUGGCUUUGAUAGCCCCAUUGUCAAUCUUAACUAAUUGUUGUACAGUAUUUAAGAAGAGUAUAUUGACAAGAA